AUGAUGAUGGUUCCCAGAAUAUUUUCGUUCCUUCAAUUUUCCCCUCUCUUAUAUCUCUUCAUAGUUACUUCUGCUUCCAUUGAGGAAGCAACUGCUCUCCUCAAAUGGAAAGCAACUCUCCUAAACCAGAAUCAUUCCUUAUUAGCUUCUUGGACAUUAAGUACUGAUGCAUGUAGGAAUUGGUCUGGAGUUAAAUUCUUAAAUGGUAGGGUAAAUAUGUUGAAUAUUACAAAUGCUAGUGUCAUUGGAACACUCUAUGAUUUUCCAUUUUCAUCAAUCCCUUUUCUUGAAUUCGUUGAUCUUAGCAUUGUGAGGACCCCACCGCCUGGGUCGCCCAGGACCGGUGACUUACCUGAGCUCAAAAUUCUGUACCUUUAUUCUAACCAACUUUCUGGCCCCAUUCCUAGUGAGAUGGGAAAUUUGAAAAACCUCACUGAGCUGGAUUUAUUAGAUAAUCAGCUUAUUGGUUCAAUUUCAAUUACUCUAGGUGAAUUAAGUGAGCUCAAAAUUAUAUACCUUUAUUCUAACCAACUUUCUAGUUCCAUUCCUAGUGAGUUUGGGAAUUUGAAAAAACUCACUGAGCUGGAUUUAUCAGAUAAUCAGCUUACUGGUUCAAUUCCAAUUACUCUAGGUGACUUAACCGAGCUCAAACUUCUGUACCUUUUUUCUAACCAACUUUAUGGUCCCAUUCCUAGUGAGUUGGGGAAUUUGAAAAACCUCACUAUGCUGGUAUUAUACAAAAAUCAACUCAGUGGUUCAAUUCCAAUUACUCUAGGUGACUUAACUGAGCUCAAAAUUCUGUACCUUUUUUCUAACCAACUUUCUGGUCCCAUUCCUAGUGAGUUGGGGAAUUUGAAAAACCUCACUAUGCUGGUAUUAUACAAAAAUCAACUUAGUGGUUCAAUUCCAAUUACUCUAGGUGACUUAACUGAACUCAAAAUAUUGUACCUUCAUCAUAACCAACUUUUUGGUCCCAUUCCUAGUGAAUUAGGGAGUUUGAAAAACCUCAUUGAGCUGGAUUUAUCAGAUAAUCAGCUUACUGGUUCAAUUCUAAUUACUCUAGGUGACUUAAAUGAACUAAAAAUAUUGUACCUUCAUCAUAACCAACUUUCUGGUCCCAUUCCUAGUGAAAUGGGGAGUUUGAAAAACCUGAGUGAUUUGGAAUUAUCCAAUAAUCAGCUUACUGGUUCAAUUCCAAUUACUCUAGGUGACUUAACUGAGCUCAAAAUUUUGUACCUUUAUUCUAGCCAACUUUCUGGCCCUAUUCUUAGUGAGAAGGGGAAUUUGAAAAACCUCACUGAGCUGGAUUUAUCAGAUAAUCAGCUUACUGGCCAUUUGCCAGACCAGCUUUUCCAAGGUGGGAAACUGAAGAACUUCGCGGUGGCUAGCAACAAGCUAACAGGUCCAAUACCAAGUAGCUUGAGGAAGUGCUCUAAUUUCAAAAGGGUUCACUUUAAUAACAACAGUUUCACUGGGAAUUUAUCUGAAGUUUUUGGCAUCUAUCAAGAGCUGCAGUUCAUUGAUUUGAGUGACAAUGAUUUUCAUGGUGAACUCGGCAACAAUUGGGGGAAAUGCAAGAAGUUGAUUAAUCUGCGGGUAGCCAGAAAUAACAUUAGUGGUAGCAUACCACCAGAGAUUGGAAAUGUCAAAGGGCUUCUUGGACUUGAUCUUUCAUCGAAUCAUUUGAUUAGGCAGAUUCCUAAGGAAAUUGGAGAUUUAACCUCUCUGGUUAAGUUUUUUGUGCAAAACAACAAUAUUUCUGGCAAUAUACCCGGGGAACUUGUGUCACUGACAAAAUUAGAGUCCCUUGAUCUAUCAGGUAAUAGAUUGAAUGGGUCGAUCCCAAUUGUUUUAGGAGAUUAUGUGCACUUGAUUUUUUUGAACCUGAGCAACAACAAAUUUGGGGAGAGAAUUUCAAUGGAGAUAGGGAGGAUAACUCAGCUUAAUGCACUUGAUUUGAGCCAUAAUCAUCUUGUUGGAAAAAUACCCCCUUAUCUAGCCAAUUUGAAGAGCUUGGUAAGCUUAAAUCUUUCCCACAAUGGCCUUUCUGGCCACAUUCCUGAAGAACUUGAAAGUUUGACUGGUUUGCUAGAUGUCGUGUUGUCAUACAAUGAAUUGGAAGGUCCAAUCCCUAAUAAUAAAGCUUUUAUCAAUGCCUCCUUGGAGGGCAAUAAAGGUCUUUGCGGCAAUGUAACAGGACUCCAGCCUUGCGAACGACCAUCUUCUGUGGUGAAGAAGCAGUCAGUGGCGAAGAGACGUAAACUCAUCCUCAUCGCUGUACUUCCUGUUAUGGGAUCACUAGUACUACUCUGUGCUUUCAUUGGUGUUAUCUUUAUGUGUGAUAAAAGAAGGAAAGUUAGAGACAUUGAAAGACGUGAUGAUGGUUGGAUUUCGAUAUCCAUGUUAGAUGGAAAGGCAUUGUACAGAGAUAUCUUAAACGCCACACAGGAUUUUGAUGCUACAUUUUGCAUCGGGAAAGGAGGGCAUGGUAGCGUUUACAAGGUAAACCUUCCAUCAUUAGGGAAUAUAGCUGUGAAGAGACUUCAUUCUUCAUUUGAGAAUAAACAUCCCAAAAGCUUUAUGAAUGAAGUAAGGGCAUUGAUUGGGAUUAAGCACCGGAACAUCGUGAACCUCUAUGGCUAUUAUUCGAAUGCACAAAACUCGUUGUUGGUUUACGAGUAUGUGGAGAGGGGGAGUUUUUCUAGUAUUUUGAGCAAUGAAGUUGAGUCUAAGAAAUUGGAUUGGAUUAAAAAGGUGAAUAUCAUCAAAGGUGUUGCUUAUGCUUUAUCUUACUUGCACCAGGAUUGUUCACCAUCGAUUGUUCAUCGAGACAUAUCAAGUAGUAACGUUUUGCUUGAUUCUGAGUAUGAAGCUCGUGUUUCAGAUUUUGGUAUAGCUAAGCUUCUCAAGCCAGACUCAUCCAAUUGCACUACGCUUGCAAGCACGCAUGGCUAUGUUGCACCUGAGCUUGCAUAUACAAUGAGUGUUACACAAAUGUGUGAUGUAUAUAGCUUUGGAGUAUUAGUAUUGGAGAUAAUCAAAGGAAAGCAUCUUAGGGAAUAUUUUACUGUGCUAGCAAAUUCAUCGACUAGAGAUCAGGUGCAGCUUAGCGGUUUUCUAGACGAACGCCUUCCGUAUCCUGAAGAUAGAGUAAAAGAGGUUUUGUUUUUUAUCAUCAAGCUAGCAAAUUCUUGUUUGCUUGAAACUCCAAAAUCAAGGCCAACAAUGCACUUCACCUCUAAUAGAUUAUCAUCAAUGAAUCCGCGUCCACCUACUCAUGUAAGGCAAGCUAUAUAA